AAGUUUUUGUUGCUACGAGUAGAACAAUCCCCAAACCAAACAAUCAGUAGUUAAUUAUUUUCUUAUUCAAAAGUUUGCCGUUUAUCAGCCCCGACUGUUCGUGAAAAUGGAUCGCUUUUUCGGAAAUAUUGAGAACAUGUUAAAGACCAAGAUGAAGGUGGAGAGCAAGGGAAUGGCCCUGAAGCUGGUGGGAUUCUACGCCGUUGGCUACACCCUGCGCAAGUUAGUCAAGUAGAUGGCCGGAGAUGCAGUGGAUGCAGUGGCCGUCCCCUAGUCCAGAUGUUCGUCCGUUUUGUUCCAGUGUUUCGCUUAAUUUCUAAAUUGCAAUGUUCCAACCGUUUGAAGGAUAAUAAAUUGUGAUCCUACCUCCAAA